UAAAUGCAAACGUGGUCACACAGGCACGACUAAAUUCUGCAAUACAUCGUCGAUCUGCAGACCGGUGGUAACAUAAAUUUAAUGUUAAAUCUUUUGAAAGUCUAAUAAAAUGCAAACGUAAAAAGGCUCCGCAAAGCGAAACAAUAUACAUCCGAUGUUCUCUAUGAUAGGAGGAGGAAGUAAAAUUAAAAGAAAAAACAUUUCUGUGUGUGCUUGCGUGCGCGCAUGUGUGUGUGUGUGUGUGUGUCGGAAUAGGAGUUUAAUGUGGCGGUUGAUAGGGUUGCAGCGGUGGUAAUGGAAUAUUAAGACACAAGAAACUCUUCUGAGGGAGAAAAUUCUAGAAAAAAAUGAAAAAAAAUCUGCAGUUUCCCUGACGUAUUUUUGACAAUGCCAGUUAAAAGACUAGAUGAUGGUACUGGAGAGACAAUCAGGGUACUGGAAGUAGACGGGUACAAUACUCCUACUUUUGAUAUGGUACUUCAGAACCAAGAGGAAGAAUUCCGAAGUAUUCCGACAUGGAAAAUAAAACCAGGAGACAUUUUCAUUUGCGCGUACCCAAAAGCAGGUACCCAUUGGUUGUGGGAAGUUACAUCAAUGUUGGUCAACCAAUCAGCGGACAGAGUCAAGCUGAUCAAGGAGACCUCCAUGUUAGAGGGAGUGUCUCAAAAGAAUUUUGAUAAUGUCGUCUGCCCUAGAGUUCUGAAUACACAUUUACCAUUAAGGCUUUUGCCUAAAGAUACACUAAAAAUGAACUCUAAAAUUUUGUUUGUUCAACGAAACCCAAAAGAUAUUUGUGUGUCAUAUUAUAACCAUCAUAAGAAAGUACUAGAAUAUGAAUAUGAUGGUAAAUUCGAGAACUACGUUAACAGAUUUUUAGAAGGGCAUGUGGACUAUGGUUCAUGGUUUGAUUACACCCUGGAGUGGGAGAAGGUAAUCAAGGAUAACAAAGGCUACCCAAUCCAUGUUAUGAGUUACGAAGAUAUGAAAACAGACAGUAUUGGGGAAAUAACUAAGAUCAGCGAAUUUCUCGGACUUAAAACCGAUCCGACGCUUAUUAGAGAAAUAGCGGAAAAAUGUGAAUUUAGUAACAUGAAGAAAGAAAAAGAUCCUUUGGAAAAUUCGGCUGAGUGGAAGGAUGGGAAACCAGGAAUGUACCGAAAAGGUCAGAUAGGAGACUGGAAGAAUUGGUUUACUGUGGCACAAAAUGAACAUUUUGAUGCAAUUUUUGCAAAGAAAAUGAAAGACUCCUCUUUUACUUACAGAUUCGGUUGAACUUUGUUCAGACAAUUCUGAUAUGGAGCUGAUUUUGUUAUCAGAAACAGAUAGAUGGAAAUAGUUCAUACAUCUAGGUUAAAACCCUUUACAGAAAUUUAUUUUAUAUGCAGAAAGUAUUUGUCAAUAUUAUGUGUAUACAAUGUAUAUGUGAAGUAUGAUUUUAGAAACAAUUUUAGUAUUUACAUAUGGGUUCAUAGUUACGCCGACAUAAAUACUCGGCAGUAAAAAUGUCUACACCUCGUGCUGCGUACUUAGUAACUAUGUGUAGUGAUCAAAGGCACUGUUUUUUUUUUUACCCGAUCAAGAUAAAAUUCAUCAAACAUUUUAGUGAUUCGACAGCUGCGGCUAUCACCCGCACACAUUUUUGCGACUUGUCCAAUAUGAUACAAAACGCCGCUACGACUACUUUUUUGAAACUACCCGAAUAUCAAAGAAUAUAAACAGAUAUUUUCCCGGUUGGACGUAAAGGUAAAACUACCCGAAUAUCAAAGAAUAUAAACAGAUAUUUUCCCGGUUGGACGUAAAGGUAAAGCUUGUUAACAAUCUAGAGGCCACAUUUAUGACUGUAUCUUCAUGAAACUUGGUCAGAAUGUUAAUCUUAAUAAUCUAAAGGUCAAGGUCCAAUCUGGGUCAAGUGGGAUCAAAAUCUAGGUCUCGAGGUCCAAUCAAAGGUAAAGCUUGUUAACAAUCUAGAGACCACAUUUAUGAUUGUACCUUCAUGAAAGUUGAUCAGAAUGUUAAUUUUUAUGAUCUUUAGGUAAAGAACGAAUCUGGAUCAUGUGGGGUUAAAAACUAGGUCAAAUCAAAGGAAAAGUAAUUAACACUCUAGAGGCCACAUUUAUGACCAUAUCUUAAUGAAACUUGGUCAGAAUGUUAAUCUUGAUGAUCUGAUCUUUAUGUCCAUAGGUCAGAUGAGCGAUACAGGGCCUUCAGGACCCUUUUGUUUUGGAAUAUUUGUCAAUAUUUCACAGUCAGAUAGAGUCAGUUUAAUAAAAAAAAGAAAAUA